AUGCCUGAUUCAGAGAAUGAAAACAAUAUUAGACAAUCUACUCGUCCACGAACAGGAUCAUCUUUAUUUCGUCUGAAAACAAAAUUGAUUUUAAUUAUCAUUGGCGUUCUUGGCCUAAUAACUAUCAUCGGUGUUUACUUUUAUUUAUAUAAACCAAAACUAUACAAAUGGAAACAAAAUGGCAUUACUGUGGCUGGUGGAAAUGGACGAGGACAAAAAUUACAUCGACUCAAUCGUCCUGAAGGAAUCUUUAUUGAUAAAAACAAAAAUAUUUUCGUUGCUGAUUAUGAAAAUCAUCGUAUUGUUAAAUGGAAACAUAAUGCAAAAGAAGGAAAAAUUAUUGCAGGUGGAAAUAAAAAAGGACGUCGAAUCGAUCAAUUAUACGGUCCAACAGAUGUGAUUGUUGAUGAACAAA